ACUCUGCUCAACUCGGAGAACUGAUCUCAGGUCGACCACUAAAAAGAUACACCGGGUCGCAGAGGGGGAGCUGACGGAUGACCAGGAACAACCAAGGGUAAAGGUUGGUGACUGGGUAAGGAUCAAAGUCCACAAAAGAAAGUGGGCUGAUCCUAGGUGGACUGGACCGUACGAAGUGAAGGAAGUUACUUCACACUCAGUCCAGGUCAAAGGUAAACCAGGCGCACCUUGGCACCACCUGACGCAUUGUACACCAGCACCAGCACCUGACAGAACACUGACAGAAGUCAGAAGCGAUUUGAUCGCAUCUAAUUCGGCUACAAAUUCUGCUAGCUCUGACAACUGAAGGAUGUGGAGACGCCUCCAAUCCUCAGAUGCCAGCGAAGGGCACCCUUGCUCUAGACGACAUAGGGCACCAUGGGAAAGAUUAGGAUGCUCUCUUCCAAUGUUUGUGCUAUUGCUGUUCACCUCGGGUGUGGUAGUAGGAAUAAUGCUUUGGGCUUUCGAACAUACUGUUAACAAAACAGAUAUAACACCAGAGGGCACUAAUUCCACAAUUAACAUCACUGCUUUUACCACAAAUCUUACCACAACCACCAUGGCUAGUCACAACCUACGUAAAAGACACAUUGACGUCAUAAACCAAACUUGUCCAACUGAUCGGGUAGGUAGCACCACCCUGUGUGUACCAGUUAAUGUUACUACCACUGUCACUAUACCCUGGGGAAUUAUUGGGGCUAAAAACUUAUGGCAAUCAAAAUACCACUGGUAUCUUACCAAAGGAAGUAGUCCCCGCGAUGAUUGGAUUUGGAGAAAUUUAGUUGCUGAAACAGGCCCUGAUUGGUCUAGUUAUUCAAAAGGAGACUUAGUGCUGUUAUGGAGAAAUAGAUUGACCCUUACCAAAUCAAAAGUGGAACUGAAACUGGUGAUUAAACCAGGUAACAAGGAGGGAUGCCAAGGUUUCAUUUUGGCACCUUGGAUAGACCACAGAGGGGCACCAUUGUACAUAUACUAUUUUAGAUGGUUGUUGAAUGUCUGUGUGAUGUCAGCCCCUGUCCCUUCUUCUGUUACUAAAAAGGAAGGUCAAGGAGCCCCAUUAGGAUCUGGAAUGUGGGGACCUGUCCGUAUGACUGCCAACACACCGACAUUUGAUGACGCUAUCUUUACUGCCACUGGGGUCUCUGGGUUCUCCAACAACUGGCUCCUGUUAACUGAGGAAGCAGGAUUUUAUGCAUUACAGGUGAACUACAGGUGAAGUCACUCAAUCCAGUCCCAGAGGCUUGGGGACCAUAGAAGACCCCCGGUGACAGCUAGCUGAAAGAGCUACCCAGAUUCAUAUCGCACGGCGGGGGGGUAAGACACUUUUUCACUGUCGGACAAUAAACAGAGUUCGGGAGAAGAACUGGAAUUAACAGAAUUCCGGGGGCCAACUCUCGAAUGAAGUAAACCCUACCUGUCCUAUCACCCCUGUUUUUGUUCAUAGAAGUGAGGAUGUGUCUGGCUCUGGCUAAGUGAUGUGUAUUUUGUUCCAAAAUGAACAUAAGAGAUCCCUAGAUCUGGGUAGACAGGAAGUUAGAGUAGAGAUGACAUGAUAACCGACUGCGGACUGUUCUAGGAUUGGAGAAGAGGGUAUCCUUAUAGCAUAGAGGAUCCCACAAAGGUGGAUAGGUUUUCCAUGAUAUGGGGAAACCUGGGAGCAAUGUUGAACUCUGUAAAGGUGAUGAAAUCCUACUAACCAUAACAAAUAUUAAGCUCUAUGAUGCAGGCACUCACACCCUCGGACUACAAAGGACGAGGACAGACAUGAUGGGUGUGUUUUCUAUUAAGGUACUGCCAAGACCAGAGGUAGCCGGACACACUCCUCUACCACCACUGUGUUAAAAAUACCAUUCAGGUAAUUAAUGUUAGAGACUAUUCGGCUAUUGAUCAAUUAGGAACUGGGACUGGUUUUGAUUAUGGGAGAUUGCCUGAAGCUGAUUGCAGUAGUAACAUAACCAUUAAUUCCACUUGGCCAGUUACAGGCCUAAACCAAACUAGUGGUCUGGCUGAUGUGAGGUGGAUGUGUGGAGCCAAAAAAGAGUGCUGAGACCCAUUCUUAGAGGAGAAUGGCAAGAUACGUGUGGUCUGACCAGUGAUAAUUCCACUGACCAUUGUUGAUGUUGCUGCUGAACAGCUGCUGAGUUCUGUAACCAGGGGACCUGAAAACAUUCCAUCCCAUGGGAGACAUAGAUGUAGUGCUCCAUGGACAGAGGAUGUAGUUGACAUACACACCAACCUGUUGGGAGUGCCAGUGGGGGUUCCUCAUGAGUUUCAGGCCUUGGGUAGGAAUGAUGGACUCUGGCACUUACUACCUACUAUGGGUCCAGCCAUGGUGGAUGCUAGACAGACUGCAUGGAUUAAUUAUAUCUACUAUAAUCAACAGCGUUUUGUGAAUUACUCCCGUGAUGCACUCACUGGUAUGUCUGAACAGCCUGAGGCCACAUUUGGGGUUUCCAGACAGAAUAGACUUGCCUUGGGAUAUGCUUCUUGCCAGUCAGGGGGACGUUUGCAAGAUGUUCGGUAAACAAUGUUGCACGUAUAUUCCUAAUAAUACCAGUCCAGAUGAUAUCUAGGGCGGGCUUGAUGCACUAUCUGAUAAGAUGAGGUCCACAAGGGGGGUGGAGGAGUCUGUUCUCUUGGCCUGGUUUGGUAAAUGCACUGAUAUGAUGGUUACUGGAUUUCUGACCCUAAUUCUUGUAUUAUUUGUUAUUGAUGUGAUGUGCUGCUUGCAUCAUACCGUGUUCUAAGAAAUAUGUUACAGAUAUGGUGAAGGCUUCAGGCAUGUUGCCUUUGCUUGAUGCUCCAGUUGGAGAUGCCGAUACGGAAGCAUGCUUUCAGGAGAGGAUGGGACUGACUGAGGAUGACCCAUGGUAUGCUGAGGGUGAGGUAGUAGAAUACAUUUUACACCACCACAGUUCCUUGUUAUACAUUUUUAUGAUAGGUUUUCUUUCCAGUAUGUUUGUUCUCCCUGUUGUGAAGGUUUAGAGUCCCUGGGUGGCAAGGAGCCCACCUGGUACAGGAUAGGAGUAGCUGAGAGGACCAGA